AUGAGCAAAACGGGAUCUAUAGUGUCAAAUCGGGAUAUAGAUUAUGGAGGAAAUCCCAAGCAAACCGGUGGAAUAAAAGGGUGGACGGAUCCAAGUUUGGCAGGCAGCAGUAGAGAGGAUAGAACAGAUGCCGGUAGAUUUGCUGUGAUGGUGGAUGAAAUUUGGAAGAAUAGGAAUAAUAUUGUUUGGAAUGAUACACGAGAAGAGGCUACAAAAAUCGGUUUCCUGGCCUAUUUCAAUUGGCAUGAUUGGUUCUUAGCUAGAGAUGGUGACAGGGUCCAGGGGCCUCCACCACCUAGUGCUUGGUCGGCGCCAAAUGAAGGGAAGUUAAAGUAUAAUGUGGACGCAGGUUAUAAUAAUAGCUUGGGCUCAACUAAAAGAGGGUGGUGUGUAAGAAACAAUGUUGGAAACUUUAUUGUUGCAGGAGUAGCUUGGGAUUACGGUAUCUUACCCACUAUUGUAGCGGAAGCCAUGGCUUUGAAAAAAGCUAUUUGA